ACUUCUAAGAGGUGUUGAGUUUCGGCCAAACUUUCUGCUCGGCUCGCAUCAAAGGCUGCCCUCUUGUGAAUAGCCAGCUCUCACCUAAUGAUCUCCCUACUCACUCCUGACCAGGACGCAGGUCAUUCCCCAUAAUAAUUAGCUCACAGGCAGAGUUUCCAGGCGCUUCCAGGAGCAUCAAUCACCGGGAUGAAUGGGAAGCCCGUGUGUGGGAACUGCAGGGGGAGCUGGGUGCAGAGCCACCUCAGCCCUGUCACCCCGCGGCUGUCCCUGCCAUGCUUCCUUGGAUCCCUAUCUACCCCGUUUUGGGUGACAGGACGAGUUGGGCCAGUUACCAGGAUCUUGUCGCCUGGUUCUGAUGGUGUCUUGGUUCCCGGCUGGGGUUUUGUGUUUACCACGAGCGUUGCCUGCUGUCGGGGAGCUGCGUGUGUUUCACAACAGACAGGGAGCCAGGGAGACCACCCUGCGGGGCUGCCCCUUCCCUCAGCGCUUUCUGCUUGGGUCGCUGGCGUGUUGCAGUGCCUUCGUUCGUCUGUGGUGUGCGGUGCUGGUCCAGGUUUACGCGCUAACAGUGAAUUAGAAGGAGAAAACGCUCUGCGAGUGCAGCAGAAGGUCAAUAUGGAGCCUGGUUUGCUUUUAGAAUCUUCCCAAGGCCGAUGGGCUUCCUCUUCCCUCCUGACCAGGGGCUUUGAUGCCCCUGCCCUGGGCUGCCUGGUUCCUGCCCCGAGUCUUCAGAAAGAUCCCCGGGCCUGGAGACUGUGAGUUCAGGUUCAGAUGCCUUGCGUGGCCUGUGAAUCCUGGGUCUGGUCUCUGUCCCCAGGCCCGUGUUCAGGGACCACCCUGAGCACCAAAGGCAGCCCAGUCCGGCUUUGACUCAGCUCCCAGGGCGGAGUCCCUUGCCCAGCACUGGGCAGGAGGAGGGCAUCCUCAGGGCAAGGGUCUGCCAUCAGCAGACCAGAGCCAGAGCCCGCAGCCCCUGAGCACUUUCAGAUUCCUGCAGCGCAGAGAGGUUUUCCAGGGGGGAAGGGAGGACCCUGUGGCUGGAGAAAUCCCGCCGCGAACACCCAGCGACCAGGUCUACAGCAGCACCAGGUCUGUGCUGCCCCCUGGUGGUCACAGAUUUUACUACACGCGGCCCACAAGUAAAAUGAGUUUCUCUUCAGUGGCCCGGUUAUCUUCUGUCGUGUAGGAGGAAGUCCAGAGCCACGGAAAUUCGGUAAGGAUCGGAUAAGGGCAAUGAAAUCGCAGCUCUAAAUCUUUUCAUGGAGUUGAAGACAGACAUUUGACUGUGGGAGCCAUCUCAUCUUUAUAACCUGGUAAACAAUGCCAGAAUAAAAAUAACAAAUUCAAUGUAUUUAAGUCGGUUUCGACAGUGAGGAAUUAAAAUUAAAUUUAUUUAAACUAUUUUGACUUUUACCCAAGUUUUUCUUACAGUUCCAUCUCAUUUUUCCCUCCUUACAUAGUUUGGGGAGUAGAGAACAGUCUAUUUUUGACUCCUGUGUAACUGACAUGGAGACAGAGGCCUGCGGUCCCUUGGGGGAUUAGUGGCCCACGCAGGUGUGCAGACCACGGGUCCCUCAAUCAGAAGCGGGAUGUGUGGCAGGGAGCUUUGGAGAGCUUUCAUUUUGGAUUAGUGAUUUCCUGUCGACUUUUCCUCGUUUUUGUCACAGCACACUCGGAACAUUUCUCAUCAGCUGUGUACACUAUGUCAGGCAUUUCAAAUAUGUUUCUGGAAGUUGUCAGUGCUGUUCUCUAUGAGGCCUGAAGGAAAAAUUCAAUGUUUGUAGUAAAUAAAGUACAAAAAUUAUAUCAGCUAUUAAGAGGAUGGAUUAUUUCCAAGUUGCUUAGCCAUAUUGGUUGAGCGUUGAAUGCAGCAAUGGUGCCAACAUAUUAAGCACAAGAAUCUUGUAUUCCUGGAUACUGGAAGUUCCCUAGAAGAUGGUGGCGCAGGGUCAGCUGGGUGGGGAUGUCAAGGGAUGUACAGUGGACUUCAAGAAGGAGUUUAUGGAGAUGCAAGAGAAGGUUCUGAAAACUUUGCUAGGAUGGACCCUUUGUUGAAUUAGUUCUCAGGGAGGCUGAUUUGGAGGAGACAGGUGGCAUCGGAAGCUAGAAAUAGUGUUCCACAAACAAUGAGCUUCCAGGGAAUAUUCAUGCCUAGAAUUGAAGACACAUGUGUAUGGGUUCUGUCUUCCCCUCUGUCUCAGUCUCUGUUUUGGGUGAAAUUGGGUCCCCACCCCAAAUUCACAUGUUGAAGUCCUAACCCCAGUACCUCAGAAUGUUUAUUGCAUUUGGAGAUGUUUUUACAAAGGUGAUUAAGUUGAAAUGAGGCUCUUAGGGUGGGCUGCAAUCCCACAUGACUGCAAUCCCACGUGUCUUUAUAUGGAGAGGAGAUAAGGACACAGACACACACAGAGGGGGAAAGAUCAUAUGAAGACCCAAGGAGAGAGGCCACAGAAGAAACAACCCUGCUGAUGUCUUGAUUUUGGGUAUCUAGCCUCCAAAAUUGGAGAAUAUAUAUUUCUGUUGUUUAAGCCACCUGAUCUGUGGAGCUUUGUUACAGUAGCCCUAGCUGAUGAAUCCAGUGUCCUUUUGAGUUUAAGGAGCAUGACUGGAUGACCCAUCCAUUCAGUAUCAGCACCAACCAAGUAGAAACCAUCAAAGGAAGUGGACGCAGUGGCUCAGGCCUCUAAUCCCAGCACUUUGGGAGACCAAGGUGGGAGGAUCACUUGAGCCCAGGAGUUUGAGACCAGCUUGGGCAACAUAGGGAGACCCUGUCUCUAAAAAAAUUAAAAAAUUAGCUGGGUGUGGUGGCAUGUGCCUGUUGUCUCAGCUACUUGGGAGGCUGAGGUGGGAGAAUUGCUUGAACCUAGGAGGUCGAGGUUGCAGUGAGCCAAGAUCACUGCCACUGCUCUCCAACCUGGGCCACAGAGUGAGAUCCUGCCUCAAAAAACAAAAACAGGCUGGGGGCAAUGGCUCAUGCCUGUAAUCCCAGCACUUUGGAAGGCUGAGGCAGACGGUUGAUUGAGCCCAGGAGUUAGAGACAAGGCUGGGCAAGAUGGCAAAACCCCGUCUCUACCAAAAAUACACACACACAAAAAUUAGCUGGAUGUGGUGGGGUGUGCCUGUAGUCUCAGCUACUCAGGACGCUGAGAUGGGAGGAUGUUUUGAGCCUGGAAGGUGGAGGUUGCAGUGAGCCCAGAUUGCAUCAUUGCACUCCAGCCUGGGUGACAGAGUCAGAUCCUGUCUCAAGAAAACAAAAAACAAACAACAAACCCAAACCCCAAACCAACCAAACAAACAAAUAAAAACAACCAAAAAACCCAUCUGAUAUGGUUUGGCUCUGUAUCCCCACCCAAAUCUCAUCUUAAAUUGUAAUCCCCGUGUGUCGGGGGAGGGACCGGGUGGGAGGUGAUUGGAUCCUGGGGGCGGACUUUCCCCUUUCUGUUCCAUGAUAGUGAGUGAGUUCUCAUGAGAUCUGGUAGUUUGAACGUGUGUGGCAGUUUCCUCUUUGCUUUUCCUCUCUCUCCGGUGUGCCGUGUGAGAUGUGCUUGCUUCCGCCUCACCUUCCACCAUGAUUGUAAGUUUCCUGAGGCCGCCCAGUCAUGCUCGCCUGUGGAACAGUGAGUCAGUUAAACCUCUUCUUCAUAAAUUACCCUGUCCCAGAUAGUUCUUUAUAGCAGUGUGAAAAUGGACUAAUACACCAUUAAAGUCCACUCUGUAAGGAACCAAAAAUCUUAAAAAACAGAAAAGUGACUUGUGUGAAUGGCAUCCAGUAUCUUUUACUAGACAAGAUAUAUUAGCAUGAUUUCUAGAGAAAAGCCCAAAUACAUGUCUGAAAUAUCUAUACCACAGUUAUGACUGACUAUAAAUCUUUCCCCCACCCCCAGUUUUGUGGUGUCCUAAAAAGGAAUCCAAAUAGUUUGGAAAAUAUCCUCAAGUCUAAAUGAAUCAUGCAGCCAAGUUUUAUGAAACCAACCUACAAAGUUAUCGAUUGCUACAAGAAAGAAGAUAUUCACUUGUUACUCCUAGUUUUGUUUUAGCUCUUCUGAGAUAUCUGGGGUUUAGCUUACGGAUUGCAUGAUUUGAUGAAACUCUGCACAACAGUUAGCGAGGAAAGGAACUUUAGCUCUGAGGACUUAGGGUCCAGCCGAUGGUCUGGGUACUGCGGCAUAUCUUUCACUCAUGGUGUUGGUGAAGUUAACACUGAUGAUUAAGCUAACCUCUACCAAGCACUUCCUUCCCAUGGGCUCUAAAUUCAGUGCUUGACAUAUUUCAUUUAUGUUUCACAGAAAUGCUAGGACCUGAGACAUGGUAUAAGGGAGUGGUUCAGUUUUGGUGACACUCAGCUAUGUGACCUUGAGCAAAUUGCUUCACUCUCUGUGCCUUGGUCUUCUCAUUUGUAAAAGGUUGUUGGUAAUGCAGGUGAGGCGCUUGAAGCAGUGCCUGGCACUGACGAAGGUUUUCGUAAGUGUUGACCACUAGUAUUUUUCUUCACACCCUCAGCUGAGGAAAUGAAGGGCACUGGAGGUGUUAAGCAAUGUGUGUAACCACUUCUAUGCCAUCACGAGGGGGGAAUCUGGCAGCACAAGAGGCUGCAUCACUGAGGCUCUGCACCGCCUCCCAGUUGGGCUUGCUAUCCUUGCAGGUACUUGUCUCCUUAUUCCUGCUGAGAUGCAUGAAGGUGACUUUAAUAUGCAUGGCCCGGCUGGGUGCGGUGGCUCAUGCCUGUAAUCCCAGCACUUUGGGAGGCCGAGGCAGGUGGAUCACCUAAGGUCAGGAGUUCAAGACAGCCUGACCAAUAUGGUGAAACCUUGUUUCUACUAAAAAUACAAAAAUUAACUGGGCAUGGCAGCAGGUGCCUGUAAUCCCAGCUACUCGGGAAGCUGAGGCAGGAGAAUUGCUUGAGCCCAGGAGAUGGAGGUUGCAGUGAGUCGCGAUUGCGCC